AUGGAAAAGAUAUCGUCACCAUCUGAGACGUGCCACAGCUUGGGAUCAAUCAAGCUGCCUGAGGACGUACUGACUGAAGUGUUCUACUUUGGAUUCGUCACUCCGUAAGUUUAUGGAGUAUUUGUGUAUUUGGUAAAGUAUUUUUAUAAGAUUUUACUGUAGAUUUAGAAGUUCUACUGUAUGGCUAGUAUAUAGUAUAAUAUCUGAAAGUCAGUAAUCAUUUACCGCUUUUUUGGCUUCUUGGCUUGAAUCUGAUACUUUAUGGUAUAACAUGUUUGUAUAAGCUCCCAAUCAUUUAGAUACAAGUAUGUAACUGAUAAUAUAUGUGAUUUUAGAAAUGAUGUUGAAGCGUCGCUUGAGAGAGACGGUGAAUUCGCAGUUUAUGCAAUCGAAACGACCGCUUUGGAGAAGACCUUCAUUUUCAAGAUGGCCUAUAAAGCUGACGCCAAGGUAAGAGUAUUACAAUGAUUAAGUCGUAAAUUAUAUUAGUAUUUGUGGUAUUUCAACUGUUACCGUAAUAUUUUGUUGUUUAGGCAACUCAUCUCCAGAUCAGGACGACGCCAACCCUCGAGUACUACUUUGAUGAUAAGCGGUUCAAGUCAAGGACAGCUCAGACCAUCAAAAAGCUGAUUAAAAGCUAA